UAAAUAACAAUUGGAAUAAAAAUGUUAAAGCUGAAACUAGGCUUGAGUUAAACAAAUGGUAUCACAUAGCCUACACACUUUCUGAGCCUCAAAAACGUAUGGAGCUCUAUGUAGAUAGUGAAUUAGUUGUAUACACAGACGUGAAAGAUAUUAUAUUCAAUGAAUUUCCUUUAAAAAUUGGGCAUUCUGAUGGAUAUGCAGAUUUUCAGGGACUAAUGAG